ACGAUGAGUUGUAGUAUUUAUUCUGAAGUCCUUUGUUAUGAUUAUAAUUUUUGGAAUUUAUUUAACUAAUUACUAUUUUAGUAGGUAAUAAUUAAUUUGUUUUGAUUAUCUCGUCGAGUUAUAAAGGUGUAGAAAAUUAACUAUUGCCAUUGGAAUUAUAGCUGUUCGCAAAAAUCUACAUUUUACACUUGGUAGGUAUGUUUUAUUUUGUUCUCACAGUAUCUAUACACAUUUUUUUAUAAAAACUAAUUGUUUAUUAUCAACAAAUAGGUAUCCAUGCAAAUAUGUUUCAAUUAACUUUGCUGUAGGCCAAUAGUAUUCACAAUUGUUACAAGUUUGAAAAGUUACAUUUCUAUAUAAUUUGACUAUGAACGUAUAAAACAUUUUCAAAAGAAUGUAACAUACAUGUUCAUUGUUUUUUUUUUGACACAUUAUAGUGCAAUUGAUUUUCAAACACACCAUUGUGAGUUUUAUUGCAUUAUAUUUAGGUACCUACCUCACACAAUAUUAUAUGUAAAAAACAAUCUAGUUAAUGUUAAAACUUUGGUAAUUUUUCAAUUGACAUGUGUGUUGUUUAGGUAAUUAUUAUUUGAAGUACUGAAAAUUAUAAUACAAUACAAUAACUUACAAUAGGUCCCUACUUACUUUAAAAUAUAAAACUUGGGUAAUAAAAUUAAGGACUGCUAAGUAGUGAUUAAUUAUUAAAUAAUGAAAUGACAAAAAAAAUUUAAAUGGUGACCAACUUUUCCAUUAAUCUACUGCCCGAAACUCAAUUAUGGAAAAAGAGUAGAGAUUAGAAGGGGGUUUUUUCUCUAAAAGUACUUGUCAAUUUUUUUCAAUUAUACUGAUUAUCUUACCUAUUAGAAAAACUUCUGAAAAUAUAUUUUAAUUCAUAAAGAAGUUUACUUGUAAUCAAAUAAUUUUGUUUAUAUUAUAAUAUUUAAAAUUCUAAGUGAAGUGAGAAAUGUAUUAUUUUUAAUACCCAAAGGCUAAAUCACUAAUUAAUAUUGUAUACACCAGAUUCCAUGAUUUUCUCUAUGAUUAUCAAGAUUUCUCAUUCUAUUAUUACUAACUACUUAUUUUAACAAAAUUCUUGCUUUAUUUGAGAUUUGUAUAGAAACUUUCAUGUGACAUUUUUAACAUAGUUGGUCAUUUUUUCUGAAAAACAUUCAAUUGUUUGUAUAAUUUAUAUUGAUUUCUGGGUUAUAUCUUGAUAAUAAGGGAAAAAAUAAUAUACUGCUCAGAAUAGUUUUUUAUUACUUGUAAUUAAUGUUUUAUUGUUUUAUGUAAAUAUAAGUAUAUUAAAUUGUUCUGUAUAUGUCCCUUCCAACAAUUUUAUUUAAAUUUUGUUCGAUGCAACUUUCAAAAUUAAAAACUGCAAUUUUUAACAUAUAUUGCAAUAAUGUUAUAACAAUAUUAAUAUACCUAAUUUAUAUUGAAACUUUUAUUUUGUUAUGUUAUAGUUUAGUUACCAGCUUAUGAAAUUCUGAACAAUGGUUUGUAUACCAUGCAUCCUUGUACCAUUGUUACUUUUCUUAUGGGGUAUGAUCAAACCAAUAUUGAACUGGUUCAAAAAUCCAAAAGAAAACUCUGGAGAUCAAAAUAGUGAUGCUGCCAAUGAUGAUGUCUGUUCGUUACUGUCAUCUUGUCCUUGUAUCAAUAAAAACAACAAACCUGAAGAUCAAGCCCUCAAAAUAAAGGAGAGUGAAUUAUUACUCAAAGAACCACUCGAAGUAUCUAAUAUCGAUAAAAAGAAUAUUUAAAUAAAGCUAUAUAUUCUGAGUAUUUUAUAAUUGUUGUAUGAUUUCUAAAUUAUUUUUUGAAAGUCUUUACUAUUUAACUUUAUUAUUGUUUAUAAUCUGUGGAUGAAAUUUAAUCUAAAUAGGUGUAAGACAGUCCAGUUAUAUUGUUAUUAUUUUGUUUGAUGUAGAUUAUAUCAAUCAAAACUUUUUUUUGCGAGUAUCAUGUCUAUGCAGAGAAUUACAAAAUUAUGGGACUAAUAAAUAAUAAAUCCCAUAAUCAUUUUUUUUAAAUAUAUUAUAACAUUGUUUGUAAACUACAAAUUUAAUGUACCUAGUCACAUAUUUUAUAAUUGUUAUUAACCUUCUAUCAGGGUAAAUAAUCUCCCAGCUUUAAUUUAGACAUAAAUACAACUUUUCCACAAUAAUGUAACUACCUAAUAUUUGGUAUAGUUCUUGAUAACAUAUUUAUCUAAAUUUAUGAGUCAUUCAAAAAAAAAAAAAAAAAAUUUCUGUAUAAUUAUAAUACCUGUAUUUAUAUAUUAUGUAAUUAAAAUAAAUUAAAUAAUUAAAUAAAAUCUAAAAAACACAAUUUACAAUACAUUUUUGUAUUAAAAAUAGUUAAAUGUAUUGAAGAUUAUAUAUUAACUAUUAAAAAAAAAAAAAUAAGUUUUGGAUAAUUUUUACCCUAAAUAUGAAAAAUAAACAGCGUAACCAGUAGAAGGUUAAUUAAAUAUUUAUAAAAUCCUAUGAAUUUGUGACUUGAAUUAAAAUUAUAAUCAUAAUAUUUUAAAAUUAUCGCAUUGAUAACAUUAUCUUCCAAACAUUAAUUAAGGUUGCUGGAUAAGUACUAAAAUGUAUAGAUUGUGUUGGAUAGUUAUACAUGGCCUUAUUAAUAUAUGGUUGCAAAACAUUUCCUGUAUAAUAUCAAGUAUACCUUAUCCCUGGAAUGUAAUAUGUAAACUACCAUAAGCCCGCUUAUGUCUUGGUAUCAAAAUUAUAGUACAUAAUAAAAAUAAU